GCAGAGUCGAGAUUUCGUGGAGGAUGUCGACGACUUCGCGGGCUGCGACGCGCUUGUCAACUGCGGGAGGAGGAUCUUGGGGGGGCAUUGUUAUGAGGACUAGAGGAUUGCGAGAGCAUGGGAUCGGAGCGUACCUUGGGACGACGCGUUGUCGAUGUUAACGCGGAGAUGCUUCGGGUGCGGGGCCCUAGGGAGCAGUGGAAAUUGCUGGGGAGCGUAGGUGUGCUGGGAUUGUUAGGUCAGGGUGUAGGUGAUUUGUUGUAUUCAUCAUGACGGCAUUGACAACAUUGUCCUCCGCAAUUAUGGGUCAACAGAUGUCAUCGGGUAAAUCGUGUGGCCGUUAUGCAUAUAUAGAUGCUGUGUCAACUGGCAGUGUUCCGUUCAUGUACAACAAUCGCAUAAGUCGUCAUCAGAACUUGACUACAUUAUUGAGCCCUGUGUUGAGAGACAAUCUACUUCACUACCUCCGAACCAUGGCGCCAGACCCUCAUCAAGGCGGAGACCUCUCCGAUAUGGCCGCAACAGGCACAUCCAUCCCAGGUGAUGCGGGCAAGAUGAACUUGAUCAAAUCAGUCCCUCGCCCCUAUCAAGACACAGACUCUAGCAACCCUCUAGAGGCAGCAGACCAGGCCACUGCCGCUUCGAACAACGUCGAUAUCCCACGCACGACCAAAGACGUUGGCACCUCUGCCCCAGAUGUCAUUACCGGCACAGGAGAUCAGCUGCCAGCCACCGUGCAGACCAAGAAUUUACACACCCACCCUUCUGAGCCGGAUGCCAAAGGACAUGAUCGCUAUGAAAAGCAUAUGCGCCAUAACAAUUCGGCAUUUGAUCGGCUUGCAUCAGCUGGAGCCGAAGUUGAUCGCGCUCCAGGAGAGGAAGAGGAUGAUCAGGACACCGUUCGUGACAGGAAAGGCGCGUGAGGAGAACAGUGUAAGGGGAUCAGCGUGUAG